AUGGUGCACAGCAACAGCAGAACAUUGCACAGCAACAGCAGAACUUGGCACAGCAACAGGCAGCACAACAGGCAGCCCAGCAGGCAGCAGGCAGCCCAGCAGGCAGCCCAACAAGCUGCUCAGAUCAACCAACCAGGUGGUGUUCAGCCUAAUGACCUUGUUUAUCAGGCUCAAGGACAAGGGCAAUUUCAAGGACAGGGGCAAGGUCAAGGACAAGAGGCUGUCCAGAACAUGAACCAGAAUGUUAACCAGGACAAUCUCAACAUGAAUGCUAAUGUACCAAAUGCUGGACAGGAUCCCAACAACCAAAACCAGAUGGCGGGAGCUGACUUGAUGCAAGGACAAGGUCAAGGUCAAGGUCAAGAAGUUGUGAACAAUGAACAACAUCAAAUGCAUGCCCCGAACAUGGAUGGUGCUAACCAAGAAGCAGCCAAUCAGAAUCAGUCUGUAGCAAGCAAUCUCUCUGGCCAGAACAACAAGACAGCAGUGGGUCAGCACAACCCAGCUGAAGGAAGACAAACUGAAAAGCCCCUUGAUGAUCUCAAGCCAGUAAAAGACAAGGCAGUAGAAGCCAAACACAAAACUACCUUAGCGCCAAAGUCCAAACUGGACUCCCUCUUUGGGGACGAUGCUGCCAUUAAGUCUCAGAAAAAGGAAUCUUUCAGAGAUAAACUGCUUGGCCUGAAGCGGAAUGUUGAUGGUGAUGUCAUUGACAAAGAGGGUCAUGCUGACGAUGUCAAAGUGGUAGAUGUCUUUGAUAACCUCAAAGUUGAUCCAGGAAAGCCACAGGAAGUGAAGGAAAAGGCUUCUGGGAAUAACACAGAUCCCAUUGCACCAGGUCAUGAUGAACAGGCGGUUGGCGUUGCAAUGAAUUCUACCAAGUCGGAUGGAAAUGAAGGGAACGUGUCCCAGAAAGAGGCAGUUGGCGUGGCAAUGAAUGCUCCUAAAUCUCCUGAGAAUGAAGGGAACGCAUCCCAGAAAGAGGCAGUUGGCGUGGCAAUGAAUGCUCCUAAAUCUCCUGAGAAUGAAGGGAACGCAUCCCAGAAAGAGGCAGUUGGUAUGGCAAUGAAUGCUUCCAAGUCUGGUGGGAAUGAAGGGAACGUUUCCCAGAAAGAGGCAGGUGGUGUGGCAGUGAAUGAUACCAAACCUGAUGGACAUGAAGGGAACGUGUCCCAGAACCAGGCAGUUGGCCUGGCAGUGAAUCCUCCUAAGUCUCCCGAGAGUGAAGAAAGCGAGUCCCAGAAACAGGCAGUUGGCGUGGCAAUGAAUGCUCCUAAGUCUGCUGAGAAUGAAGGAAAUGUGUCCCAGAAAGAGGCAGUUGGCUUGGCACUGAAUGCUCCUAAAUCUCCUGAUAAUGAAGGAAACAAAUCCCAGAAAGAGGCAGUUGGCCUGGAAGUGAAUCCUCCGGAGAAUGAUGAAAGCAAGUCUCAGAAACAGGCUGUUGAGGAGAAGCCCAAGAUAGACACCCAUCAGGAAGCCAUACAACAACCAGCUCAGGGACAAGAUCAGGUAGCUGAUGUCGUGAUGCAAGCCAAGGCUCCCCAGGCUCCUCAGGCUCCUCAGAAUGAAGGCGAGGCCCAGAAACAGAAUGAAGGUGAUGUGGAUGUUGACAAAAUCCAUCCUCCAGGUUUACCUGAUGAUAUAGCUGAUGAUAAAGAAAUUCAGGAGCAACGUCUCCAGCUGGAUGAGAAUAAGGGUGGCGAGGUGAAGGUAGACUUGGAGCAGCCUGUCAAUGUGGAUGUGCCUGGAGGCAAGGACUCGGUUGAAGUGGUUGGCAACCAGGGCUUUCAGGAUGUUCAUCCGGAUGUGAUGGCAAACCAGGGUCAAAUCUUCAAACCUGAUUUCAACAACCAGGUUAUGGGAGACAACAAGCCCCAGGUAGACGCUCAAGACAACCAGCUGGGCCUCAACCAUGACAACAGGAUACAGAACGAGGGGCCAGUUAAUCUACAGGUCCAAGAGCCACUGCUUCCCAAUAGGAACUUUGAUGAGGACAAACACAUCCCACAACAACAGCUUCCCCCACGGAAUGAUGCUGACCAGGUUGGGAAUGAGGCUCCACCUCUCCAGCCUCAGGGUCAAGGGCAAAUGAUGAUCCCAAACUUUGGUCUUGGAAAGAACAUGGGCAAGGUAUUUAUGGAUGGUGAUGUGCAGGUGGAAGGAGAAGAGGAGGAGGAGGAGGAAGAUGAGGAACAAUAUAAUGAUGACAAUGUAGAUAAGUAUGAGAUGGAUGACACAGCAGACAAGGACACACUGCAGGAGCAAAUGGACGUCUGAUGUCAGUCGUCUCUGCUACAGGAAGAAGAAAAGAAGCUCCUAUGCCGCACGUUGAUAUGUAAAUCCAUUGGCAGCCUUGUGGGAAUUGUUGACAGCCAUAUUGGAUUUGGAGGGCACUAUGUUGGUUUUUGAGGCAGCCAUUUUAGAUUUGCUGGUAGAUACCGUGGAAGAUUUGGCUGUUUCAUCGUUUGGGAGCUCUGGUGGAGUGUUGACAGAGGUUAAUUCCAUUAUCUCAGGUUGUUUUACAGAAAGUUGUAUGCUACCAUGUUUAUAAGGUCUGUCAACAGCAACAGGUUAACCUGCGUUGUUGAUAUACAAAUGUCCAUUUUAAUAUGCACUGUAUUAUCUUAGUGGGAAAAUGGUAUAACAUGUGGGAAUCAUUGACCAAAGGCAUUUUGGUAAUUAACAGAUACAUAGACAUUUGAGUAUCUAUUUGUUUGGGAAACAUAUUUUCUGUGAUUGGGUAUUCAGGUGAUUACAGAAUAAGAUACAAUGGUGGGUUUUAAUGCUGGAAUAUUUAGUCAACCUUUUGUGAUAUGUAAUAGUGCACAGGCUGUGGUGAAAGUAAUAUUCAUUGAGGAUUUUUAUCAGUUUGGUUAAUAUGGUUACAAUUUCUUUUCUGAAACCGUCCAGUCAUCAAUUCAGAAAGUAAGUACAAAUAUAAUGCUACUUUCCUUUCUUCUAAAACACAUUUUAAGGGUAAAACAAUCACAUGGUAAAUUGCCUGUGUGCAAAAAUUGCCUUUGGAUUUGAACAUAGUGAAUGAAUCUCAGAGCUUGGUAUGAAUCAUUAAGAAUGUGUUGUUGUUGUAUAAAUACUUACACCAAGAAAAUAAUAGUUACCUAAUUUGUCACAGAUGUCUGACAUUCCUUCAAGAUGAACUGUGUGUCAUCGAUUGGUAGAAGCUGAAGUGUUGAAAAUAUUUGCAUUUCUGGAACAGUUUAAUUUUUAUUGGUUUUGGUCUUGUCUUAGUUUCAGGUUUGGAAACAUCAUAAAUGUGAAACAUUUUUAGAAAUUACCCAUCUCUUAGGGGAAUUAUUGAGCAAGUCUUUGUCAUCAUUUUUAUGUAUCUUUGUCAGACAAAUGGCAUCAAUGUGAUGCAUGCAAAUGUGUUGCGUAUAUCUUUGGUAUAUGCUGUUCAUAAUUAAUGAUACUGCCAUUUCUCUGUUUCCUUCUGGAAUUGUGGAGGACUGAGAUUUAAAAAUUUAUUCAUGUUUGCAAACUUUCAAUAUUUCAGCUAUAUGCAGCGGCCUGUAAAUGAUCGAGUCUGAACCAGACAAUCCAGUGAUCAACAUCAUAAACAUCAAUUAACUUGUGGAUAAGUUUGAAUGCAACAUGUAAUUCAAAUCCUUUUGACAUAUCUUUGUUUUAGUUUAAACAAAAUCACUAAAUGUGGUAGUGUCACUGGAUAUUCUGGUCCAUCACUUGAUUGUCUCAUGGCAGGUGUACUCCUGUUGGGAAUCAGGCAACAAUCAAUCACCUUUCAAUACAAAUUGUGUUUGUGGUUGGUGCUUCAAGUUGACUUGGACAUGCUUACCCAUGGUAGUCGGGUAGUCCGCUCGUCACGCCUCACGCCGAAGCCCCGGGGUCAAUUCCCCACAAGGGCACAAUGUGUGAAGCCCAUUUCUGAUGUGCUCUGCCGUGAUAUUGCUGGAAUAUUGCUUAAAAGUGACAUAAAACCCAACUUACUCGCAUGCUUACCUUUUUAGCUAACACCGGGUGUCAUCAAUCUGUUACGUUUUUGUGUUAUCUCCCCUUCCAGGUAAAAAAAAGUGAAAUGGUAACACUAGAGGUCACUUGGUAAUAAUUCUGACUUAUCUACAUGUUCAAGGCAUUUAUAUUUUUUUAGUUGCAUUAGUUAUAGGUAAUACUUGUCAUCAAUCAGAAUAAUGUGUCACCACAUGAAGUAUGACACUGUAUGACAGAGACAUUUGCUGUAAUAUAUUUGUUUGACAAGCACCCUGAAGCACUUUUGUACAGAUUUAACAUAAGCACGAGAGAUUCGUUUGGAAAAUGAAUAUUUCUAUUGUACAUCAGCAUGAUUGGAUUCUUGUUCACCAAAGUAAUAUUCUUUUCUUCAGUUGGCAGACAUCUACUGAGAGAAACAAAUAUAGGAACACAGGAGAAUUCAAGGGUUCCUGUAUAUUUUUCAGUUUUCAUCAGCUGCUUAGAAUAGUGCUGUGGGAGGAAAUCUGAGAAUAAAUAAAGUAACACUGGCAUGAAGUGGUGUUCCCUUACUUGUUUCCCUCAGUAUAUAAUGGAAAUACUACUUCUGUUGUCAUUCUAUGUGUAGUGAUGAAAUUGCUCUGUACACUCAGUAUCUAAAAGGUCAAAACAUUUUGGGGGAAAUCAGUUAUUCAAUGGAAAUACUACCAACUGGUUGUGAUAUUUUGUUUUCUUUGGCUGAGAGUUUGAUGAGUUUGGGUCUCUUCCCACAUUAAGUUUACAGCUGUACACUGAAAUACCGUUCAGAGCAGAAUAAUCAAAUGUUUUGAUGAAGACAAUUUCUAUUUUGUUCUGUUGUCAAGGUGACAAUUUAUUACUCAAAACAGAUUGGAACCAAAUAUGACAAUAGAUUUUAUUUUCAAGCUUCAAAUCAAAAUAAUAUUACUUUUAUCUUAUUUUUAGAGUAGAUCUUCAUCUACAUGACAGAAACAUAAUGUAUAAUUUGCUACAUGAAUGCAAAUUGAUAUGAAUAUGUGUUUGAAAUAUUAAUAUAUGUUCUUUCAAGAAUGUCUUAAGCACAUGACACUGCUGAUAAUUUAGUUUGAUGUUGUUUUUCAAAAUCUGGCUCUUUGGACAGUUGUUUUCAUGCCAGUAGACCAGUAGAAAUUAACAAGAAAUAUUUACUGCUGGCAUGAAUAGUAAAACCAAGGCUAGCUACGGUUGUUGACAUAUCAAUCCCUUCUUUGUCAAUUAUCAGUUCUGGUUUAUCCUAAUCUGUUCAACUCACUUUUCCCCACUGCUAUAAAAGUUAAACAGUACAUAUUUUAUCAUUGUUAGCACACAUUGGUGAGACUAAAACAUGAUUGGUUCUCUUGCUAAAAUUUGUUAAGAAUUGGUUGGCAAA